CAAGACUGCAGAAAAUCACACAGUAUUAGCAUCAGUCUUGUAAAUGACAUCAAGAUCAAUUUAGCAGACAAACAAAGUACAAAUCUUACAUUUGUGGAGAAAAUCGUAGCUGAUGAAUAAAUUGAGAAGGUGACGUUGUUGACGUCUGAAAUAAACGUGAGGAAGCAAAUUUUUUCACAUUCACACUUUAAACUGUUUCCACCUCAUUUUUCUGUCUCCAUUUUGUCUCUGUGUCUCCAUUUUGUUUCUGUGUCUCCAAAGCUGCAGCAGUUCAGAUGAGUUUACUUUCAGAACCAAAGAGCAGAGAAGAUUUUCUGCAGUAUUUCUGUUAUCUGACUCUGGAUCCAAACACAGCACAUCAUCAGCUCAUUCUGUCUGAGAAGAACAGAGUGGUGACACGGAGUAAGACAGAACAGCGAUACACUGACCAUCCAGAGAGAUUUGAAUCUCGGCAUCAGGUGUUGUGUAAGGAGAGUGUGUGUGGACGCUGUUACUGGGAGGUGGAGAGGAGCGAUGAUGUGUACAUUUCAGUGUCAUAUAAAGAGAUCAGCAGGAAAGGACGGGGUGAUGAGUGUUUGUUUGGACGCAACAGUCAGUCCUGGAGUCUGCGGUGUUUUUUUUCCUUUGUCUCUUUCUGGCAAAACAACAUUCAGACUGAGCUCCGAGGUCCAUCAUCCUCCAGAAUAGGAGUGUAUGUGGAUCACAGUGCAGGAACUCUGUCCUUCUACAGUGUCUCUGACACCAUGAGGCUCCUCCACAGAGUCCACACCACAUUCACUCAGCCUCUAUACGCUGGAGUCAGGAUGUUGCGUUAUAACUCAUCUGUGAGGUUUUGUGAUCCAAAAUAGAAUGUUAGUAAAAGUGUUUAUAAAAACUAUAAGUGAGAUGUGAGAUUUAAUUUGUCCCUGUGCUACACUGGACAUUUUGUGUGCAGAAACUGGAACAGUAAUGAAUGCAGAAUGUAGAAACAGACUAUUUAACUGUAUGCACUAUUAGGAUGGGUUUAUUAUAGUUGAUAUAAAAAUGUUCAAUGUCUCCUCAGAAAUAAUAAACUUUACUCAAACUG